CUGCUGUGGGCGCCUCCCCCUAUGGAGCAGCCUCGCCAUGGAGCCCCUCACCGAGCUCAGCCAGGAGGGCGCGGGCGGCGGGGAGCCGCCGGGCGACGGGCCGCUCUGGACCGCUGUCUUCGAAUACGAGGCGUGCGGCGAGGACGAGCUGAGCCUGCGGCCGGGGGACGUGGUGCAGGUGCUGUCCCGGGACUCGCACGUGUCCGGCGACGAGGGCUGGUGGACGGGCAAGAUCGACCAGCGCGUCGGCAUCUUCCCCAGCAACUACGUGAGCAGCGGCGUGCAGGGGGGCGGCGCGGAGCUGCGCGCCCGAUACCCGCCGCCCCCCGCCAUACAGCUCCUAGAGAUCGACUUCUCAGAGCUUGUUCUGGAGGAAAUCAUUGGCAUAGGGGGCUUUGGAAAAGUCUAUCGAGCUGUAUGGAUAGGAGAUGAGGUUGCUGUCAAGGCAGCUCGCUAUGACCCCGAUGAGGACAUCAGCCAGACCAUUGAGAAUGUCCGCCAGGAGGCCAAGCUCUUUGCCAUGUUAAAGCAUCCCAACAUCAUUGCCCUCAGGGGCGUGUGCUUGAAGGAACCCAACCUUUGCCUGAUCAUGGAGUUUGCCCGCGGAGGAUCGCUCAAUCGGGUGCUGUCUGGUAAAAGGAUACCUCCUGACAUCCUGGUGAACUGGGCAGUGCAGAUUGCCAGGGGAAUGAACUACCUGCACGAGGAAGCAAUUGUUCCCAUAAUUCACCGUGACCUCAAGUCCAGCAACAUACUGAUACUCGAAAAGGUGGAAAAUGGAGAUCUGAGCAACAAGAUGUUGAAGAUCACGGAUUUCGGCCUGGCCAGGGAAUGGCAUAAAACCACCAAAAUGAGUGCAGCUGGGACAUAUGCCUGGAUGGCUCCUGAGGUCAUCCGCUCCUCCAUGUUCUCCAAAGGCAGCGAUGUUUGGAGUUAUGGUGUGCUGCUUUGGGAGCUGCUGACAGGAGAAGUACCAUUCCGAGGAAUUGAUGGUCUGGCAGUAGCAUAUGGUGUUGCUAUGAAUAAGCUUGCCCUUCCAAUCCCUUCCACGUGUCCUGAGCCUUUUGCCAAACUCAUGGAAGAUUGCUGGAACCCUGACCCACACUCACGACCUUCCUUUGCCACUAUCCUAGACCAUCUUACUGCCAUAGAAGAGUCUGGUUUUUUUGAAAUGCCCAAAGAUUCCUUCCACUCCCUGCAGGAAGACUGGAAACAAGAGAUCCAAGAGAUGUUUGAUCAGCUUAGAGCCAAAGAAAAGGAGCUGCGCACGUGGGAAGAAGAGCUGACUCGUGCUGCUGUUGAACAGAAGAACCAUGAGGAGCUGCUACGAAGGCGGGAGCAGGAGCUGGCAGAACGUGAGAUUGACAUCCUGGAAAGGGAGCUCAACAUCAUCAUCCACCAGCUGUGUCAGGAGAAGCCUCGGGUCAAGAAACGCAUGGGGAAAUUCAAGAGGAGUCGGCUCAAGUUAAAGGAUGGCAAUCAUAUCAGCUUGCCUUCAGAUUUUCAGCAUAAAUUCACUGUGCAGGCCUCUCCAACGAUGGACAAAAGGAAAAGCUUGAUCAGUAGCUGCUCCAGCCCUCCUGCAAGUCCUACCAUUAUUCCCAGACUCAGGGCCAUACAGUUGACACCUGCUGAAAGCAGUAAAACAUGGGGACGAAGCUCAGUCCUUCCAAAGGAGGAAGGAGAGGAAGAAGAGAAGAGAGGCCAGAAGAAAAAGGGACGGACUUGGGGACCAAGCUCACUUUGUCACAAGGAGCUAGGUGCAGGAGAAGAGGGUCUGAAAGCUCUGGUGGAAGGAUGCAAACAGUGGUCAUCCAGUGCACCAAAUCUUGGGAAGAUCCAGAGAACUGCACCUGCUUUUCCAGGAUUCACCAGCUUAGCAGAGAUUGAUGAUGAGGACAGUGAAUGUUUUAAUGGAGAGGGCAAAGUGCACCCUUCACCUGUGCACAAUCAGUCAUACCUCUGCAUCCCAUUUCAGAAGAAUGAAGAAUGGGAUGGACCUUCUAGUGAUGCCAAUGAGGAGUCCACCCCUGUAAACUCUGCUACCAGUACCCCACAGCUGACACCCACCAACAGCCUCAAACGUAGCGGCUCCCACCACAAGCGAUGUGAGGUUGCAUUGCUUGGCUGUGGAGCAGUGCUGGCUGCUGCAGGCCUGGGUUUUGAUCUGUUAGAAGCAGGGAAGUGCCAGCUGCUGAUUGAGGAAGAGCCAGAGGUGCCCAAGGAAGAGAAGAAGAAGCGUGACAGCAUUUUUCAGCGAGCUGGACGCCCACGCAGGAGCACGAGUCCACCUUCCCGGAAGAUCUUCAGGAAGGAUGAUCCCCUGUUGUUGCUAGGCGAGCCAUCCACAUCCCUCACCCUUCUUUCCCUGUCUUCCAUUUCCGAAUGUAACUCCACCCGCUCCCUGCUGCGCUCAGACAGUGAUGAGAUUGUGGUUUAUGAGAUGCCUGUCAGCCCAGUGACAGUCAAGGCUCCCUUGCCAGCUAUUACAAACCCACUGGUCAAUGUCCAGAUCGAGAGGUUCAAACAAGACCCCAACCAGUCUCUGACUCCCACACACGUGACGCUCUCUUCCCACACCCAGCAAAGUGGACACAGGCGCACACCUUCUGAUGGAGCCAUCAAAGGGGGUGGACUGGUUGUCAAUGGGUGCCCAACCAGUGGAUGCCCUUCCAGUAGCUGUUUAACUGGAGCACUGGGAGCAGGUGUAUUAAAAACACCUAGUCCAAGCAGAGAUCCCAGUGAGGUGCCUCGCCUGCCAGACCCCAACCUUGUUUUUCCUCCAACCCCGAGACGAUGGAAUGCACAGCAGGAUCCCACACUGGAAAGACCCAAGACACUGGAGUUCCUACCCCGGCCGCGUCCUGCAGCCAGUCGGCAGCGGCUCGAUCCCUGGUGGUUUGUGUCACCCAGCAAUGCCAAGGGUGAGUCUUCUGCCAACAGUUCAAGUACUGAUACUCCAAGCAAUCUGGACUCUUGUUUUGCUAGUAGCAGCAGCACUGUAGAAGAGAGACCUGGACUGCCUGCACUGCUUCCUUUCCAGGUGGGUCCUCCUGCAGAGGAGCGGACGCUGUUGGACAUGGAUGCUGAGGGGCAGAGCCAGGACAGCACCAUUCCGCUAUGCAGAAGUGAACUUAACACACACAAAGCUGCAGCAUAUGAACUCAAGCAAGAAUUCUGGUCUUAAUAUGAAACCACUGGGGGCAGUGAGCCCCUCUAAAUUCAAUCCUACUUUUUGCACUGAGAAUGCACUUUGAAAACAGAUGAGAUGGAGGGAUGCUACAGAGAUGAUAUGGUGCUGCCUCGGCUGAAGAUGUGUUGUCAGCUGCCUGAUUUUUGUCUGCAUUUGGGUGAAACUUGGCAACUCUGAGCUGCUGACUUUUGCUGUGGGGUUUUCCUGUAGUCUUCCCUGCCCUCUUAUUGCAGUUUGAAUCUGCAAUGAGCUAAAAUUAUCAUAUCAAAGUCUUUUGUUACUGACCUUGUAGGAUUUGGCACCUGGCAGUAAGUAUCUUGGUAUCCUGGUAUUAAUCAGUAUUUUCAAAUAAUAGUCAAAUAUUACACUACAGCAGACAUCAGUGUUUGAUGUUUUCCCAAGGAAUCCAGAACAGAAAUGAAUAAAUAUCUGGAGACUACCUUCUCUGAAAUACAUUCAGAUCAUUAGACAGGCCUGGGAAUCAUCAUACCCCCACUGAAGUAGCAGAAGUAGCUAUCUUAAGACUUGUUUGUCCUCUUUUGCUCAUGUGAUAGUGUAAGGUGGGACAGAUGGCAGGGGAAGGGCAUGGCGUCUCCACUGGUGGAGGUCUUUGAGAGCAGGUGAACCAGACUGUUAGAAACAAGUAGGUGUAGUUGAUCCUGGCUUCAGGGUAGGUUGGAUGAACUUCAGUGAACUCCUGAGGUCCCUCUCAGCCCUAUUUAUUUUAUGACCCUGUGCUUUCAAGAUGAAGGCUUAUAGUAUAGCUGUUUAGCUUGGGUUUGUUUUUUUUUCCAGACUUUCGUUCCAUCAGUCGCUUUUCUUCCCUCCCUGUUUCUCAGGCUCAUAGUCAAGUUGACUCAGCUUUGGAAGGGGAGUUAGCAGAAACUUUCUUUAAAGAUGUGUUGGCUUGCAGAAGGAAGUAAAUUAUGUGUUUCCAAAUAUUUUUCUUUCUAUUUUUUUCUCCUUUCUUACACCUUUCAGGAGUGACCAAUGAAACCCAAGACUGUUCUUAUGCACACUGGUACUUGUUUAAGACUGUUUUGAAAAUGAGGCUUGUUAGUAGUUGGAUUGUGCAAACAGGAAUCAGAACAUCUGGAUUCUGUUUUAUUUUAUCACUGACUUCACUGUGUGACCCUGGGCAAAUAAUGUAACCUCUGUGCCUGAAUUUCCCCAUCUGUAAAUAAUAGGAAUAAUACCUACCUCACAAGGGGAGGGGUUGGGACAUAUAUAAUAGGUAUAAAGUCCUUUGAGAUCUUCGAGUGAAGGGCACUAUAGAUAUGUAGACCUUUAUUCUUGUUCAAAUAUGUAAACCACUCCUAGAUGUGGAGCAAGAACAGACCCCUGUCUGGAAGGAGGAAGUCACACAGAUAGGGUGUGCCUGUGCUCAGAGUUUUCUGUACAAAGACUUCAAGUGUGUCUGUGCCACUGCAGGUAUGUCUUACUGGCUGUAAUGAGAGCUUCAAUCUUCCCCAAAUUUGGCAUUAUAUAUAAGGGAUGUGGCCUUUAUGUGAGUGUAAUAGGGUAGUCUGCUUUAUUGCAGGGUACAGCAUGUCUGUUCACUGGUUUUGUACAGAUCUGUGCUCGUUUUGCUAAUCUGCUGAUAUUUGGUUGCACAGAAGUCAUUUGACAGCGCUGCCAGUGCAGUGCUCAGCCUGUUGGGGCAGUCCAGUCCUGCUGUGAAGGCAGGAGAGCCAAAUACUUCCUGCAGCUGUCAGCACAGUGAACUUGUGUGUUUAGAUGUUUGUAACCUGAUUUUAAAAACCAGCAUGUUUGAGGAAGAACUGUAUGUAAGGCUUUUUAGUUCUGUGAGAGGACUGAAACCAGCAUGUUCCCAUUAGUCAAGAGCACCUUUUUUUUUUCCUCAGAAUUACAGUAUGUUUUGUUUUGAAAGGUCACAUAUUUCUUGUUUAUCACAUUCCAUGGAAAAUGCUUAAUGGCAGGAUUACUUUCUGCUGCCUAUUAAAUGCUCCAGAGCUAGCCUUAAUGGUGCUACACUAGAUAUUGAAGCUGGAAAGACUGUUGACUGUUUAGACAAGGUAUUAUGAUAAGGCAAGAUGGGAUUCAGAUACGUAAAGAAAACAUUUCUGACUAUUUUGUUAAAUUUAGACCUUUGGCAUUAUUGAUUUAUUGAGCAUCCAUUUGCUUUCCAUUUCUGAAAACUCAGUUUGUGACCCAGACACUAGCAAAAAGGCAAAACUCAUCCAAAAGUUUACUAAUUUUGAUUGUGCUAUAAAUCAACCUUAUUGCAAUCUCAGUAAGAGGCUGUGUCAGAGGGAUUUGAAAGAAGGACAUGAAAAUAAUUUAUUUUUCAUAGUCUUCCUUAUAAUUUUAAAACAUCUGGAACAAAACUGGAUCAGCUGUUCUGAAAUGUUAUGUUUUCUAUCCAAAAGGUAUCAUUAUAAAUGUCAUAGAGAGUAUCAUCUGCUCUGCAAAGGCAUCCCCUGGAAUAGCUCCAUUUGAACAGAGAUCUUUCAAAUCCAUUUACUUGCAUGAAAUGGGAGGACACCUUUCUAGGUCACACUAUAUAACUGGUAAAACUCAGCCUGCUAAACUUUGUAAUAUUUGGCCAGUUGAUUUCACCAAAUGAACUUUUAAGGUUUCUGUCAAGUUCCCAGGAAAGACAAAUGUAAAGGCAAGUUUUUCAGUCACCUCUUGUACUUAGGAAAGUUGAGGAUAAAAAAUUAAUCUGUUGCCCCUCUCCCCCUUUUAUGUAAUCACUUGGUGAAGGUGGUAUGUAGCUGAACUUUGAGAAGUACUUUGCUCCAAAGAGUAUCUUCCCUAAUGCCAAGUGGACAUUGCUACAUCAAAAAACCUGGUAGGACAGAUGACAAGAGUCAAGGGUCCAGGUCAGGGUUACCAAACUAGGUACUGUUAUUAAAAAGCUGCCAGACAGACUAGUUAGAAGCAUACUGGUUGCCAUGUGUUUGUUUUGUGGUUUUUAUUUGAGUUUUUUUUUAACCUUUCUUUGAUGCAAUUAUUGUCAUUGACUCUAGCAUGUGUUAUCUGAGCAAGUCUUUGAGCAUCCACCUGUAACUGUCUUCCAGUGCCAGCCUGAGGUAUCAGGCAAGAGGAGUCAGUUGUGAAAACAAGGCUGCUGACUUCACUAGGGGGUGGGGUAUUCUCAGGCAGGCAGAGAGGGGGCUCUCAAGACUUGUCAGGUAUUUUACCUUAUGUACUCCAAAAGCUUUUGCAGCCAGUGUCCUGAGGCCCAGAGGCUGUGUGCAUGUUUAAGCUAGGUCAAAACCUCUCUCUAUAUCCAUCUGUCCCCUCCUGGCUUGAAUUCUCUGCUUUCUUAAUCUGUUGGGGUUUUUUCUUCCCAGUUGUGGGAGCUGAGGUGCUCCAAAUCUCCAAAGCAGGGGUUUGACUCUAUUCCACUAGACAGUGAGAGGUAUGAGCCCGUCAGCUCAGAAAUCUUUUUUCCUACUGGUUGCUAGUAGUUCCAUUUGUCAGGGAAACAAAAAUCUCAGAAUAUUGGUCAUUGGCCUACCUUUAUAGUAGUAUUCUUGAGGAAGAUGGUGAAAAUCUUACUUUAAAAAAAUUAUAACAAAUGUGUUGUUUCCUAAAUGUCUGAAUAAGUUGCAUUUUUUUUUUGUCUGAGAAAAUGAAAAAAAGAAAGCAUGAAAGUCACUGAGCAGUCUAAAACAAUGACAAAAGAAUGGAGAAAAAUAUGUUUGAAUACAAGCCUUACAAAGAGGAAGUGGCAGUUUUUUAACUGAUAGUAAUAAUGAGAUUGUAGGUGAGAGAAAUAUUUGUGGUUUAGAAAUAUAUUUGUAUUUUUGUUUAGUCAGCUGGCAGUGUGUAUCACUAAUUUAUGUAAUUGAUGUGCUGAUUUAGGAAAUGAAAUAGAAAGAAGUUUGUCAGGCCUUCAAAGUAUGCUAUCCUUGUAGCCUGUUUAGUUUUCCUGUAAUUGGAAUAUAAUAUGGAUACUGGGAGGAAGGCACAGACAUAGCAACCACUGCAGAAAAGGAUAAUUUUUUGGAUGAAUUUCUACUGGUUUCAUAGAAAUUGAGUAUGGGACAAGUAGGGAGAAAAAAGCUUUUGUGUCAAAACUAAGGUGAUUAAAUAGUUACGGAUUCUUUUCUAAUAGUGUUGCUUCUUACAAGACUGCACAGUGGUCUGUUUUACCAGCAAGUAUGUCUUAAUCUCCUCUCAAUCAGUUUUAGAGGUGCAAAUGUACCUUUUUAUACAUAUUUUCCCUCCAGUUUAUUACUGCAAUGCGUUGAUAUUCAGUAUGGGACAGGGAACCUUGGUGAAAAUACUCUUUUUGUAGUAGUUUUCUAACAAAAUGAGUAUUUUUAAAGUGAAUUUUUGUUAUUGAUGGGGAAAGACCUGUUCUGGUUUGGCAUGGUUUUAUGAUGAAAUAUUUUUCUGUACCUCUAGGAAUGGGAGUAGUUGCCUUCCUCUUCAUAGCAUGCUGUUAUCUUGAGACAUUGUGGACAAUACUGCAUAGAGAUGUAACUUCAAUAACUCACAAAACUGGAUACCUCUCAUCUUGUUGAAGGUGAGGCAGUAAUGGUCAAGUAAAGAAAGGUCUUUGCCUUUAGGGUGUUUUGUUCAAUAAAACAUGUAGGAAACCUCCGACCUUGAGUCGCCUUUCUAUCUUGAGAUUAAUUUUUAUUUGAAACCUAAUUCAUCCCUGUGGGAUGAAUAUGGGACCUGGAGUCUCAUUGGAUGUAUGGAAUCAAACCUUCUCCUACAUCCCAAAAUUCAGUGAUAGCCUGUUAUUUUUACAAGUAAUUUUAAGCUAAUGUAAAUAGGUUUGUUUCUUUUUGGUUUUUUGAAAUGUUUCUCCUUGGAAAAUGUGCUUUUUGCUUUCUAACCUUUUACAUGCACUUUGGAGAUACUCUCAAGAACUCUUACCAAUCCUAUGAAUAAGAAGGGUUAUAUCUUGCAGUGUGAUUUAAGUUAUUUUUGACUCUUUUUUUUUUUUUUUUUUUUUUUGUAUGAAAAAGGACAUUUACAUUUGAAAAGAUUUGUGAUCCUUACCUGUCACUGAACAACAGUUUCUUAGCUUCCAUGUUUAGAACUUAUUUAAGACUACAAUUUGGGUAAAACUGGACAUUAAAAGUGAGGGGAUAGACAUGUGUUAAAACAUAUUUGCAAACAAGCAAUAAAUACAGCAAAUACAACAACUAAAAUACACUGUUAAAGAGCAUAACAUUCAGACUUCAUGAAUCUUUGGUUGAUGAUAUAAUUAAGGUAUCUAUAGGGAAAAAUGCCUUCUUAUGUUUUUUCUUAAUUUUACUUUUUUGAUAGUAGAAUACAGUGGUUUGCACAGCCAGCUAAUAUGGUAGCUAGCUGGACAGAAAGAUCUUUAACCAAAUCUGCUUUUUUUUCCCCUCUUAUUUUCAAUCCAGGUUUUGGUUUAAAUGUUUUUGUGUCUUUUUUUGGUGUUUAACAAUCAAUAUAGUCUUAAGAAGUACUUACUGUUGUUAAUCUCACUUUCACGGUUUCAUUAGGCAUUAUAGACAUGAAUCUGUGGCUUAUUCUGGUGCUCCUUCUAUUGAAUGCAUUAGUAGAAAGUCAUGCUGCAGUUAAAAUGUGCAUUUGCUUUUGGUUUUUCCCAUGCUUGGCUUUUUUUAAACAGUUUUGCCACUGGUCAGAGAUGAACACAACUUCUGAAAUUACCUACGUAAACUUUUUUUUUUAUGUUGGAAGUAGUCACUCCCAGGCUAGGAAGUGUGUGCUUGAUUAACAAAUAGCUUGUCACUGGUGACUGGGUAGUGAAUCUGAUGUAGAUACUGGAAUUAUUAUUGUUCCUUUCUAACAAGGACCUCCCAUUUUUUGUAACUGGAAAUUCUUCAGCACUUCCUCAACAUUUUGGCUAUUUUGAGAACAUUUAGAGAAAUACAUUUUAGCUCCUUUUGUGCAUAGUGAAAAAUCUUCCUUUUUCUAAUCAGGAACAUAAUUUUCCUACUGAGAAUGGCUUCUCGAGCUCUGUGGUUUUCUUUGUUAGUUUUCUGUUUGGGGAAAUUGUUUAUUUUGGGUUUGGUUUUUAAGCCUCUCAAUUAUAUAUAUGUGUUAGGUGCAUCCUUGUAUGCCAAGGUGCCUUCCAUCUCACAUAUCUCCUUACUGGGGCCUGGGUUGGUUCUUUGGAGUGACCUCCUAGUUGUAGCUUUCAGUACUUUCAGUACUACCAUCAUUAGAAACCUUUUGUGUCAUCCCAUUUACCCUCCUGUGUUGAGCCAUGUACUAUCACUGCCUCUCCCUAUUUCUCCACUGGGGUUUUGGCCCCAUCCCAUCUUUGUUGGUUAUUUAUUCUUGUUGCCAUAGUAACACGUGUGAGGUAGAAAAUCAUACACAUUUCAGAUGUGCUUUGACCUAAAAGAUUUCCAUGCUACAAGCAUGUGAUACAACUGAGGGAAGUGGAAGUGGAGGUUGGCAGGAAAUAACACAGUGAAAUUAUCUUCUUAACUUAAGUCAGAGGACAGAGGAAUUCUAGCUACCUGGUAAACUGUCAGCAUCAUAAUUAUGUUGGAUCCUAAAGAAGAAUUUGAGGAAUGUACAGUUACUUAAUUUGAUAGAAUUAUUUGGGUUGGAAGGCACCUUAAAUAUCAUGUAGUUCCAGUCCCCCUGCUAUGGACAGGGACACUUUCCAGGUUACUCAAAGCCCCAUCCAGCUUACCCAGUUUCUGGUUGGUUUGUUUUGUUUUACCCUGAACUACCUCAUCUGCAGAGAUAGAAUGGGCAGAAAGUCUAAGUUUUGGUAAGAAUUGCUCAAAGUAUUUAAGGUUGCAAUGAGAUGGGAAGGCAGAGGCAAACUUGUAUUUGGCUCUUUGACAUGCAAAUUCCUGAUGCAAAAGUAAAACCAGCUAUUAAGAUUAUACUUGCUUUAUACUUUAUUUAUGUCUCCAAAAUAAACAAUAAAGGACGAAGUGGGGCAUUUUCUUGGUAGUUUCUAACUUGUGGAAGAGUUGAUUGUCCAGAGUCAAAAAGGUGGAGAUUUCAUAUUGGUCACUACUGCUUUUAGAAGUGAUAGUCUCUUUUUUCAAAGCAGUUUGUUGUUGUUUUGUUUUUUUUUUUUUUUUUAAUAAUUUAAUGUGCUCUUAAAGUGGAGCUGUGCAUGAUCCUGAUUAUUUUCUUAUAUUUGCAGUAUUGUUUUCCUAGUGUAUCAGCUCCUAAUGCAGUCCUUACUGAAUCUGAAUGCUAAUAAUGUGCAGGCAGCCCAACAGAACUAAUAUUAAGGAACUAUGACACAUUUUUAGUGUGCAGUAUGGUGGAUUUAUUAACCCAGCUUGAAGUGGGCUACUGUUAGUUCUGUUGUUGAUGGGUCAGAUGGAUGCACAGCUAGGAAAAGGGGGCUUAGAACAAAUCUGCAGGAGCAAUGCCAAAGUAGUAUUUGCUUAAAAUAAGCAAUUUGAAAAAUAAGCAUGGAGGGUGGCAGGGGGGAGGGCCUUAAUUAAUCAGAAAUACAUCUAUCAGACCUUGUCCAUGCUCAAACUUUAAGUUGCCAGGAUAGCUACUGAGAAUCUGCAUUGUGUUCAGUAUGGCUGAAACCUCAACAUUAAGACAAGAAUAAUUAAUUUUAUAUAUGCUAUUUCAGACUGAUUAACACUGUCUCCCAUUCUACCUUGAUUGUUUCAAUUCAGCAUUUUUUCAAGAACAGAUGUUGAGGUUGGAUAAAACUGGCCUUCUCCUCUUGGAGAGGCAUAUAGGUCUGAGAGAGAAGAAACAUGGCUCUAGCCAUGUCCUGAUCUUUUGUGUCUUGUGAUUUUAGCUGGAGAGGUUAUAAUGGUGCAGCAGGACAUGCUGGUGUUGUUCCAAGCUUCAUUAAUAAGAAUGUCUCUAGCAGCAGUUAAGUUGCAGAACAAACCUGGCCUCUGAUUACUGUUUGGCAUAGCUCAGUAGUUGCAUACUGAGCUCCUUGAGUCUGACUAUAUCUGGAGGUGAACAAAGCUUCUUCCUUGAAUUCUGCUGGAAUUUGUGAAUGUGGCCACUUCUCAUCUGGGGUAAUUUGUUUUCUCCCAGGCUCAGUCAAUGUCACAGAAUCAGUUGUCACCCUCAACUUACUGCCCAGAUACUCAUAGUAGGCUUGUUCUUCUGUCUUGCAUGCUUUAGUGAGCAGCUCUUACAAUGUCAACAGGGUUAGCAUUUGUAUCUGAGCAGAGCAACUAAUAUCUCUGAUCUGACUUUUCACACUGCAUCUCAAGCAGUUGUUACUCCAUCAGUUCUGCCAUUGCUCUAUUUUCAAGGUUAUCUUGACAACUAUAAUAUCCAGACUGUAAAGAAUAUAGCCACGGGAAAAAUAAUAGGUUAAAAAGAAAGGAUAUUCAGGAGUGUUUGCCAUCUGAACUGGUUGAAUUUGGCCAGUGCUCUUGGCAGAGAGUAGGAUCCAUUCUUUUGCAACAUAGAUCUCUCUGGGGGAUGGUUUGGUUUGAACUGCAGAAUUUAUCUAGAUUCACAUAAAGUCCACGGGCACCAGUGCCCAUCAUGUUUGGCAGUUAUAAGAAGAUACUGCAUAAACCCAAGAGCAGCUAGUAAUAAAAGUUUGUAUUUAGGGUAAUUAACUUUCAAGUUAAAAGGGAAGAAGCCUCAAUUCAGAAAGCUCUUCAUCACAUACUUAAAUAUCACUAAAAUCAGUGGAAAGUAUUUGUGGGUCAAAAUGCACAAGACCCCAGCUGAGCAAAGCUCUUUUAAUCUGAAUUGGGGGAUUGUUGUGUAGAAACUGAUGGUGAAGGACCAGGUUCUUACCUUGAUUGUCAGAGUAAGAGGUCAAUUAACCUGAGGAACAAGUUCCUCAACAAGCCCCUGGGUAAAUGCUGUUGGGUUGCUGACUCUUGUGGCCUUUCCAUGGCUUCACAUGCCAUGCCUGUUUGACUGCUACUUCUAACCAUAACCAGGGUAAGCUUUGAGAAUGUUUUCUGACAUGGGGUAAAGAACUUCUGCAUUAGCAGAUUGCUAGCUGUAAAGGGGCAGUAAGUGGUGACUAGAGGCUGUGUGUGCAAAUGGCAGUUUAACCUGAGGCCUAUUCUCAAGUGUUUCUUCUCAUUUUGCAAAUGCAUCCCUCCAGGCUGGUGGACAGACCUGACAAGCUCAGCGGUGAUCAACAUCCGCCACUUUUACUAGAGUUCUAGGAUUCUUGUCUAUCAGCUGUUGGCACAGCACACUGUGCUGCUAUAUUUGAUUUCUUUGUCAUAAAUUCAGGACAAGCUGGAAAUAUCUGAGAUAUUUUGCCUGACUUAAGUUGAGAGGCUUAUAUGGAGUGAGCAGGCAACAGUGGUGGAAAAAUCAGGGAAAAUACCUGUGCUUUUAACAAUGUCUUUUCUGUGGCUUUGAAAGUCCAAGAAUUUCUCAGCCAGAGAAUGUAUUUCCUCCUUCUUUUUAUAAGCUACUUCUUUCUUUUGCCUUAUUAAUUGUGAAUCUGCUCCUGCUUCUAUUUCAAGCCAGAUGCAAAAAUUGGUGACCUGACUUUCCUAGGUACAGUGUUGUGAAUCUGAAUAACCAGGUGAGUAGAUUUCUCUAGUGUAAGAUCAUGCCCCCAUGUCUGAUCCUUUGAGAUAUGGAAUAGUUCCUGCUUGUGCUGAAAUCACUGUGUAGAGGGUGUUGGGUACUUCAUAAGGAACUCCAGACUCUGUAGGACUGGGAUUCAUCUUACAUCUUGAGUAUUUCAGUCUGGUUUUGGAGACCUCUGUAUGUCUUCUCUUCUGUUUAUGGUGUUCAAAAGUCUGUUGCUAUGGAAGUAGCACCUGGAGGUGUGUUUUGCCCGAAGAACCUGCAAUGAAGCGGUUACAUUACCAAAUGACAGUGUACCCCAGAAUUGAGUAAAACGACAGAGGCCACCAAGUUUUUCUUGUUUGUGUGAUGAAAUGUUGUCAAAUUAAGUGAUUUGUUGGAGCCUUCCUUUAACUUCUGUAAAGCAGUAAGCUUAGAGGAAAAGAAGAUUGCAUUUUUAAAAAGCUUUAUUUGUGACCUGGACUUGUUGCCUCUGACCCUCUUGGGCUUAAAUAGUUAAAUUAUAUUAAUGUCCAGUUUGUUUCACUGUAGGUAACACAUCAACUGAAUACUCUCGUGCAUAAUCUACUGUAUCUUUCCUCUGUUCUGUGUCAAUGUAUUAUGUGUAUUUGGAUUACAGUUCUUUUUGUAUUAAAUUAUUUUAUGUUAUAGAACAAUAUUUAAGUGAAGCAAAGAGCUAAUGGAAGUUGUUGAUGUUUUGGGAUUUCUUUUCUCUUUGCUCUUUUUUUGGAUGUACUGUAAAUUGUAAACCAAGGAUGCCAAGCAGGCUUGGUUCAAUGGCUAAAAAUUAUUGUAUUACAGUGUAAUGCUGAUCUAGGCCUUGUCUCAACACUAGAGCACACAGACUUGAAUAAAACUGUUAU